AUGGAAGUUUAUCUUUCACGUCAUGCAGAGAGUGAAUAUAAUGUGGAUCCGAUAAACAAUGAUUUUAUUGAUUGUUCAUUAUCUUCAAAUGGGCAACAACAGGCAGCUACACUUAAUAUUUCUCAGCAUUCGUUUGAUCUCAUUCUUUGUUCACCAUUACGUCGAUGUCGUCAAACAGUUGAUUAUUCUUCUCUUUUGCAAUUAUCUUCUAAUACAAAAUUCGAAAUCUGUUAUCUUUUACGUGAACAAAUAAAAGUAAAAUGUGAUCUUCUCGAAGGUGAACAAACAGAUAUACUAAUAGAAGAAUCAGAUGAAAGUGUAGAAAAACGUAUCAAUGAACUCAAUGAAUAUUUGGAAACAUUAAAAUCAAGAAAUUUUCCAAAUUAUAAAAAAAUACUAUUAGUUUCACAUGCUGAUUUUUUAUGGAAUUUAACAUCACGUAAAAUCGAAAACGAAAAAUUUGGCACGUGGUUAAAUAAUUGUGAAUUAAUUUAUUGGAAAACAUUCUAA